AUGGAUACAAACGGCGACAGUGGUGGGUUUACGGAGGGCACACUGUUGCUCUUCGGACCGCAGAUGACACGCCUUACUGGAUCUCACCUCACGGACCUUCGGACGACCAUCCUGGGGAAUCCAGAACUCGACUUCCUCGUCAAGGCUGUUCGAGCCUUGCCUUCGCAAUGGACGACAACGGUGCAGACGGCUUGUCCCGGCCUCGGAGCGGGAGACCUCGGCGCCUCUCAGACCCAACAGCUACAGCAACUCGCCCACUUCUUCGAAACUGGAGAGCUCCCCGCCAGCGAACCGCCAAACAACGUAGUCCUCGCCCCGCUGACCGUCGUUUCCCAGGUGGCCGAGUACCUCCGCCUCGGUCGCCGGGGUCCCGUUCAGGGGUUCUGCAUUGGUUUCCUGGCCGCGACCGCCGUGGCCAGCUCGCGAAAUAGGGAGGAGCUGGCCGAACUGGUAGGCGUUGCCAUUAAGCUCGCGGCUUGUGUCGGAGCAGUGAUCGACUGUGAGGAACACGAACAAUUGCGGCAGCCUGGAUCCCUGGGGCUCAACGCUGCACAUUCGGUCCGCUGGACCUCGAGUGCGGAAAAGGUGCACCUAGAAAAGACGCUCGCGUCAUUCCCAGAGGUUUACAUGUCUUGUGUGACGGAUAUUGACCGAGUCACCAUCACCGCCCCCGAGAGCCGCUUGGCCGAGCUUUGUCGACGACUUGCCGACGGUGGCAUGGUAGCUCAGCCAGUCGGUUUAUAUGGUCGAUACCACGAGGCGAGCCAGAACCGCGAAGUGCUGGUGCGAGAGCUGAAGGCGUUGUGCCAGCAGAACGUGGCUUUCCAGCUCCCAACGGCCGAAAAUCUGGUUCUGCCUCUCCGAUCGACUGCUGCUGCCGCUGGCCAAAUCAUCAACCAAGGGGCGCUAUCCGACAUCGCCAUCGACAGCAUCCUUACCGAGAAGUGCGACUGGUUUGAGACGGUCCGUGCGGCCGUCGCGGCCUUCGGCGACCGGUCCCCCAUCAACAUAACCCCUAUCGGGGGCCCCGGAGCGGUUCCUCGAUCACUAACCCCCGGUAAGGCAGGCGAGAAGUCUGCCCUAUCUCGUGAUUCAGUACUAGUCAAUGGAACAUCGCGGUCCGGCGAGCCAAUCCCUCGUCCGGUCUCCGAAAUGCCUGUCAGGGGCGACGCCAUCGCGGUCAUUGGCAUGGCGUGCCGAUAUCCCCAGGCCCCAUCACUCGACGAGUUUUGGUCGCUGAUCAUCUCGGGACGGAACGCAGUCGGGCCUGUCCCCCAAAACCGCUUCCGGGCCGAGGAGCUGUGGCGGGAGCCGAAGGGUCCCUUCUGGGGGAACUUCGUGCAGGACCCGGACGCGUUCGACCACCGCUUCUUCCAGGUCUCCGCCCGCGAGGCCGCAUCCAUGGAUCCCCAGCAGAGGCUGAUACUUCAAGUCGCGUACGAGGCCAUCGAGUCCGCUGGCUACGCAUCCGGACAGGGCCCGCAGCGGGUUGGCUGUUACAUGGGGGUUGGGUCCGUCGACUACGAGGCCAACGUCGCCUCGGAUAACGCGACGGCCUUUUCGGCCACGGGAACACUGCGGGCUUUUAUCAGUGGCAAGGUCAGCCACUACUUUGGUUGGACCGGGCCGUCGGUUACCUUUGAUACCGCGUGCUCGUCGUCGGCCGUGGCCAUUCAUCACGCUUGCAAGGCCCUUCAGACAAAGGAAUGCCCCGUCGCCAUUGCCGGAGGUGUCAACCUGAUCACCAGCCCCAGCCUCUACCAGAACCUGGCGGCGGCUUCGUUUUUGAGCCCCACCGGCGCCUCUCGAGCCUUUGAUGCCCAGGGAGAUGGAUAUUGCCGCGGCGAAGGCGCCGGAGUUCUCGUUCUCAAGCCCCUCGCGCAGGCGUUGGCCGACGGGGACGCCAUCUUGGGCACCAUUCUCGGUACCGCAGUGAACCAGGGCUCCAACUGCACCCCCAUCACCGUUCCAGAUUCCGCGGCCCAGAGCGAGCUGUACGCGCAAGCCCUUGCCGGUGGUGGUGUGGCGCCUACGGAAGUCACGUAUGUGGAGGCUCAUGGGACGGGUACCCCUGUGGGAGAUCCCAUCGAGUGCGCCAGCAUCCGCAGCGCGUUCGGGGGAGCCCAUCGUCAGCAGGAACUAACAAUCGGGUCUGUCAAGGACGUAAUCGGACACACCGAGGCCGCGUCCGGCGUGGCGGGGUGCAUCAAGACGCUGCUUAUGAUGCAACACGGCGUCAUCCCCAAGCAGCCCAACUUCACCCGUCUGAACACCAAGAUCCCACCCCUCGAAGCCAGACAAGCUUGCCAUCGCAACGCAGCGGCGCCCCUGGGAGACUGUCAACCAAGCAAAGCGCACGGGCGCUCGUCAACAACUACGCGCCGCCGGCAGCAACGCGGCCAUCCUCCUCCAGGAACACCGUCCCGAGCCAUCAGCGGAACUGCCCCACCAAAGCAGAGACCGCCCGACACCAUCGAACCACCACGCCCGCCGGCACCACCACCAAAACCCAAGCCCUCCCUGCAGGACAUCACCUUCCACCUCGCGCGGCGGCUCAACCCCUCCUUCCCACACCUUGCAACCUGGACCACCACCUCGCUCCCCGCCCUCGGCCAAGACCUCGCCGCCCUCGCCUCGGGCACCCGCCCCAUCACCACCACCACCCCAUCAUCAUCCUCCCCCUCCCGCCCAACCGACCCCCUCCCCAUAAUCCUCACCUUCGGCGGCCAAUCCGGCCUCACCGCGCACCUCUCGCCCGCUCUAGUCUCGCACUCCCCCUCUCUGCACACGCACCUCAGCCACUGCGACACGGCGCUGCGCACCCUCGGCCUACUCCCGCUCUUCCCGCGCAUCUUCGACGCCGCGCCCUACGAGCCGGACAACCUGGUCGGGUUGCACGCGGCGCUGUUCUCGGUGCAUCAUGCGUACCACUCGCGGCUGGCAGAUCCAUCUGGAUGGCCUCCGCGCCGUGGCAGGGUCCAUUGCAUGGCGGCCGCCGACCAUCCCUGUCGAGACGUGCUCUCCCGGGUCCCCAAGAGGCUGGGGCGACGGCCCGGGGAGACCAUUGUGGACGCCGCCAACCUCGUUACUGCGCACACGCGCGACACGGUCCACUUCGCCGACGCCGUUGAGCGCAUCGUCCGGCGCCACCCCGGCGGGUGCGUUUGGCUUGAGGCUGGCUCGGCGUCGCCUGUCGUUGCCAUGGCACGCCGCGCCCUCCCCACGGCGACGACGGCCGCAUCGCAUGUCUUCCUUCCGCUGGACCUCGGCCGUGGUAGUAGUAGCCCCUGGUCGGGCCUGGCGCGGGCGGUGACCAGCCUCUGGGCGGCCAGGUCCACGGCCACGUUCUGGCCGUUCCACGGGCCCCAGUACCCCUGGGUGGACCUGCCGCCUUACCAGUUCGCCAAGUCGAAGCAUUGGAUCGACUUCGAGGCGCCUGGGCGGCGGGAUUCUGUCGAGAAGCUGGCUCCUGAAGUCGGCCCGGCGGAGUUGGUGCGUCUGGUGCAGCACCACAAGGCGGGUGGGGAGGCUCUCUUCGCCGUCGACGCGUCUCACGACGACUUCAUCCUGUGCGUCAGCGGCCAUGCGGUCCUGGGACAGAGCCUGUGCCCGGCGUCCAUGUACUUCGAGCUUGUGAUCCGCGCCAUGAAAGCUUUCCAAAGCUCUCCCGCCACGGGGGUUACGCAAGUGCCCCGCCUCGAGAACUUGCGCAUUAUGUCGCCCCUUGCGCUAAAACCCGACGGCCGAUUGUAUCUGUCCCUCAUCCCUGCCGCCGGGAAGGGAGACGGUAGCUCGACGUGGAACUUCUCCUUAUUCUCCUCCCCCCUGACAGGGCCGACGCUACCAUCGCCUUCGUCUCCACGAACUACUCAUGCCCUCGGCACUGCGGCUUUCAUCGAGGCAGACUCCACCGCUGUGGCCUCCCGCUUCCGAUUCCUCGGGCGGCUCAUGGGCAGUUCCAGAUACGAGCAGAUCGCACUGUCACCAGGGGCGAACCGGCUCUCCGGAGACAUCAUCUACAGAGUCUUCGGACGGAUCGUCAACUAUGCCCCCCACUACCAAGGCGUCCGGAACGUCGUGGCCGGCAACGGGGAAGUCGUGGGCGACGUCGUGAUGCCAAAUUCCCCAAAGCCCGAGGCCCGCCAAUCUCCGCUGGGCGUGUCUAACCCCUUGGCCAUCGACAACUUCCUGCAGGUUGCGGGCAUCCACGUGAACUGCAUGACCGGAGACGGCCGUGAAGACGACGUCUUCGUCUGCACUGGAAUCGGGGAGGUGCUCUGGAGCGACACGUUCAUGCGUGGGCCGACCGGUGGCGACGACGGCAAGCCUUCAAGCGCCGGUAGCUGGAGAGUCUACUCCAAUGUCGAUGCCAAGCGCAAGAACACCGUCGUGAACGACAUUCUCGUCCUGGAUCCCGUGUCUGGAGACGUCGUCCUCGCCAUACUGAACGCCGAGUUCACCCGAGUUUCCAUGUCGUCGUUGUACAGAGCCUUAUCGAAGCUGAACGGAGCCUCGGGAUCCCUGCCGACGCCGCCACCUGAGCGGGAGCCAGUUGACCAGGUAAAAGUAACUACUUAUCCUCAGGACCUUCCGAACGGAACAUCGCCGCAAGCUACACCCUCACAGGGCUCCGUGACUGGCCACACUUCAGGGCCUCGCCUCAUCGACGCCUUGAGAAACCUGCUGAGUGAGGUCCUGGGUACCGAGCUCGCAGAAAUCCAACCGGCUUCUGAAUUGGCAGACCUCGGUGUGGACUCGUUGAUGAUUACCGAGCUCGCUGGCGAGAUCAAGAAGCACUUUUCCGUCGACAUUUCACUGAGCGAUCUCCAGGAGAUGACCGACGUCCAGUCGCUCUCCCAUCGUCUCGAGCCUCUGGUGUCUGGGUAUGAGUCGACAAGCGCCCCAACUCCCGCCGGCUCAGAUACUCCUCCGCCAGUGAUCAACGGCGUGGUCCGUAAUGAAGAGCCUAGCAGCAGCAGUGAAGGUGCCAGGGAGGAGGUCGGGGUGGCGGACGCGGCCAGUGAAUGGCUCGCGAGCAACAGAAAUACGUACGACACCGUCGUGCAAGAGAGUGGGCUGCAACACUUUCGCGAGGAUGUGUAUCCCCACCAGGCCCAGCUCGUGGUGGCGUACGUAGUCGAGGCGUUCGCCAGGCUCGGCUGCCACCUUAGGACCCUCCAACCUGGAGAUAGCCUGCCCAACAUCAAACACCUACCGAGGCACGAGAAGGUCAUGGCGCAGAUCUACAGGAUCCUGGAGGACGCAGGUCUCCUCGACGUCGACGGUGCCGGGACUCGCAGGCGAACGAGCCGGCCAACGCCGCAAGCCACCGCGUCGGACUUGCACGACAGGAUCCUGCAGCAAUUCCCCCAGCAUUUCUCGGAGCACUCCCUCUUGCACACGACGGGCUCCCGGCUGGCAGACUGUCUCUCCGGCGACGCGGACCCCAUCUCCCUGCUCUUCGGGAACGCCGAGGCCCGCCGCCUGCUCGGCGAUGUGUACACCAACGCGCCCAUGUUCAAGGCCGGGACGCUGUUCCUCGCGAGGUUCCUCGCGCAGACGCUCACCCAGCACCUGGCAGACCACAGCGGCCGCGGCGAGAUCCGCAUCCUCGAGCUCGGCGCCGGCACCGGCGGCACCACCAGCCACCUGCUCGAACAUCUCGCGGCGUCAGGUCUGGGGCAUAAGCUGCGCUAUACCUUCACCGACCUCUCGUCGUCGCUAGUGGCGGCGGCCAAGAAGAAGUUCGCCCAGUACCCGUUCAUGGAGUACGCCGUCCUCGACAUCGAACAGAACCCACCGGCCCACCUGCUGGGCCGUUUCGACAUGGUCAUCUCCACGAACUGCAUCCACGCCACGCGGGACCUGACCCGCUCCUGCACCCACAUCCGCCGCACGCUGCGCGAGGGCGGCCUCCUGUGCCUGGUCGAGCUCACGCAGAACCUCUUCUGGUUCGACCUCGUGUUUGGCCUCCUCGAAGGCUGGUGGCUCUUCAACGACGGCCGUAGCCACGCGCUAGCCUCAGAAACACUCUGGCAGAAGGACCUCCUAGCGUCGGGCUUCGAUUGGGUCGACUGGUCGGACGGCGCGAGCGCAGAAGCAAGUAUCCUCCGCUUGAUUGUAGCCUCCACCUCUCCCCGACCUCACCCCCUUCCGUCUCCCCCCCCUCAGAUCCCCGAGGGACCAGGAGUAGCCGACAUCGACACCGCCGCCACCACCCCCCUCGAAACGCAAGAAACCGUCAUCUUCAAGCACGCCGGGCCUCUCGCCCUGCAAGCCGACAUCUACUACCCACCAACACCAGACCCACCCGGUAGCAAACCACGACCCGUCGAAACGACGCUCCUCGAGGGUCCCAUGACCGACGUGCGCGACGCGCUGGCCUGGGCGCGCCGCACGCUGCCGCACGCCGAGGCCUCCCCGCGGCGGCGCCGGCCCGAUGUGCGCGUGGACGGGACCCGCGUGGUGGCGGUGGGCUGGUCGACGGGGGGCAUGUUGGCGCUGAGUUUGGGGUGGACGGCGGCGGGGGUGGGGGUGCAGGCGCCGGAGGCGGUGUUGGGGUUUUAUUGUCCGAGUGAUUAUGAGGAUGGGUGGUGGGGAAGGGUGAAUUUGCCGUUUGGGGAGGAGGAGGAGGAUGGUGAGGAGGGGGAGUUUGAUGUGUGGGAGGGGGUGGAGGAGGCGCCGAUUGUGGAGUACAACCCGCCGGUGGCGGCGCAGGCGGCGGGUGGGUGGAUGGCGCGGCGGGAUGCGCGGUCGAGGAUUGCGCUGCAUAUGAAUUGGCGGGCGCAGACGGUGCCGGUGCUGGUGCAUGGGCUGCGGAAGGGGGAGGGCAAGGGGACGCCGGUGCUGCCGUGGCCGGAGCCGGAGCAGGUGGUGGCUAUUAGCCCGCUCGCGCAGGUGCAGCUUGGGAAUUACAGGACGCCGACGUUUCUGGUACAUCCGGUUGAUGAUGACUUGAUUCCGUGGCAGCAGGCGCAGCGGACGGUGGAGGAGCUACGGGCGCGGGGGGUGUCGGCGGAGGUGAGGAUCGUGGACAAGGCGGUCCAUCUCUUUGAUCUCUAUCGGCGUUAUGACCGGCAUGCGGGGGCCAUUGCGGCGAUUUCGGAUGGAUAUGAGUUUCUUGCGCGGUCGGUGAGAUGA